AGCGCGCGCGAUCGAAACGCGGAAAGACGAAAGUCGCGUUUUUUCGUACGUCAUGUCAUUGUUGUAUCAACCUAUGGGGUGACGGAAACGCUCGCCCAAACAAAAUAUCACGACACGGCGGCGUCCGAUCCCCGCCCGCCCGCCAGCCCGCCGUUGAAGUUGGAAAACUUUGUUGUUAUGGGAUCGCGUGCAGACGUCCGUCGAUGACGGCGCGACGACGACCGCGGCUGCAACGGAUUUCGAUCGAUUGAUUUUUAUCCAGGAAUCGUCGGCAAUCGGCAUAAUAAUAUGUGUGUGUGUGUGUGUGUGUGUGUACACGCGUCGUAGGCGGUAGUGGUUGUGACAGAGAGGAAGAGAGAAGCAAAAACGAUAAAUUAAAAGGAAACGAAAUAAAAAAAAACUCCGUCGACGUGAUGUUUAAUAGUUCCGAACGGUCGGAACGGUUCAAAUACGUCAGAAGAAAAUUCGGCACCGCCAACAACAGUAAAAAUCGCUCAUUCGUGCAGGUAAAACGAAACGUCUAUUAGUAAUGAAUUACUAUCGGAUACCUGUACACGUCUUGUACUAGUUACACUGUACUUUUAUCACAGUAACGGUGAAACGUAUUUUUCAGUUUAACCACGUUCAAUCCGACGUAAAUAAUGUCAGCUGGAAAAGUGGAGUUUGUCGUUGUUUACAAGACAAGCGAAGAUGCAAGUUAUCAAAGCUCUGAACUCAACAAUCAUGGUCCGACGGUCAAGGGAUGGAGGUCUUCCAAAAACUGCGAAUAUCCACAGCAAUUAAUACUCAAACUCUACGAAACCACCGUGAUCCAGCAAAUCCAGAUACUUGCUCAUCAAUAUUUAAUUCCCAAUAAAAUUGAAAUAUGGAUUGGGCCAGAAGAAUGCGUGGAAACGGAUAACUUAUCAACUCAAAAUUACGAAUAUUUAGGUUAUAUUACACUUAACGAUAAUGAUGGUGGUUCGGUGAAGAGCAGAGAACUUAAGACUAUUACACUACCGUUGGCUAGUGCGACUAGUUAUGUCAAGUUGAUUUUGUACGAAAACCAUAAAAAUUCCUUAAAUCGUUUUAAUCAAGUGAGCUUGAUAGGUAUACAAGUGACUGGGGAAAAACAACAUACAGAUCAAGGAGGCAUCGCCCAUCAUAGUUCAAUAUGUGAUGACUUGGCUUUCGAGAUGUACGUGGACAAACACAUUGCACAAAUCAUUCGAAUGCUAGAAAACAGAAAGAUUAUAGCUGUUCGAGAUGAACGAUUUGAGUAUGCGAGAAAAUUAAAAGGAGCGAUGACGGAGUUAAGGUCUGCUGGAGAAAAGCUAGGGAAAUUAGAACUGUCAAAAACCCAGGCUAUACAAAACGAAGACUACGGUAAAGCAAAGAAGAAAAAAACCCAAAUGGAAGAAUAUCGUGCACAAGUGAUGAUUGAAAAUCGGGUAGACGACCUUUUGGAAAAAAAUGGGCCUUCAGAAGUAAAUGACGAGGAACCUGAAGAUCUCGUUGACAAGACUCCAGGAUCAGUUGACGAUGCCAUUAAGUACGUAGCUUCAUUGUCUCCGAUUGAUUCACCAAAACAAGUUCCGGCCAAGCCCUGUCAACAAGAAAUCGCACCAGAAAAAAUUAUCGAAACCGAAGUGGCUGACGAACCAGACAUUUACCAUAGUCCAGUAUCGCCACUUCACUAUCCUGAAAAUAAUUCUAGGGAAAGAUCACCAAAGCUACAGCAUACCAUUGUCACGAAAGCAAUCUCAUUAAAAAGACCUAAGCCAAUCCGUCCAAAAUCCAGUAAGAACAGCUACGAUGCGUAUGACGAACAAGCUAUUCCAGCCCAAAGAUUUUGCCAAACGCAAAAUAAUCUUGACUCGUCGACGUCGACGUCGACGUCGACAAGCGGUGUUGGAACGUCAAAGCUAAGUGACAGAGACAAGAAACAGGCUUCUAUUCCGAUCGCCGUAUUUGGACUCACGAUAGUGAAACAUUUUUUUUCGAAACAAUAUUCGGACAAAGUUGAAGGGUUGAAACUGAUGGAAAGUUCGAUGAAGAGUUUUAUGUUCGACGGAGUUGAAGUUCGACACUCGCCGAACAAAAUGACCCGGGCGGCCGUCCAGCUGUUGCACCGGACUCUUAGGGACAAAGUGUUUGCCGUCUACAAUCUGUCCGCAGAAAUCAUAAGGUUUCUGUUUUCGGAAUUUAUUCCCGGGAGAGUUUCGACGGGCGAAGCUUCAAGGAGUCUAGAAACCCUACUUCCUGAAUUGUUGGCGAAAGCAGGAGACACGACGCCACGUAUUAACACCAUAGCGACUCACACCAUAUUGAGUGUAGCUGAAGUGCCCGACAUAAGAAAACUAAAUAUCAUACCGACUCAUUUGACUCGUUUGCUUACCGGCAACAUACAUCCUAGACUGAUACUCAGCCGCUUGGAAAUGGUCGAACAACUGAUCGUCAGCCAAGGCGUGUCGUCCGACAAAAAUAGCGGGAUGACCUGUCGUAUUUUAUGUGAAUUUGGUAUGUCGGCCAUUCACCAUCCAACUGAAGCUGUACGAAAAGCUGCCGAACGGAUUUUAGUACACGUUUACAAGGUUAACCCUAGGUUCGUGCGAAAACAACUGCCUCCAGACGACGAGAUUACCAGGCGAAACAUCAUGUACAGGCAGCUAAUGCAAGAGUUUGAACGCAUCGACCAAGAAAGACUAGGCGAAAUAGACACAGUUGGUCAAAUACAAUGCAAACUAGUGCGAUCGACUAGUGAGAAUACGUCGACUUAUCACAAUAACGAAAGUACCCAUAAUAACAUAGUCCAGAGCAAAUUAAGUUCCAGUACAUCAGCCAGCGUGGCCGAUGUUUACGAGAAUGGCCAAAACAAUAUCAAUGCGUUGAAAUUAAACCGCUGUACAUUUUGCAAAGACGAAUCUGUAUUCUCCGAAGAAGAAUUGAAUAUACAUUAUUGGAAAUAUUGUCCGUUGUUGAUGCGCUGCGAACACUGUUCCGAAGUUAUUGAGAUUAUGGCACUUCGACAUCACUUAAUGAAAGAAUGCGAUUUCAAAGACAAGUAUAGAGUAUGCGAUCAGUGUUUAGAGGUGAUCGAGAUCGAAUUUCUAGAACACCACAUUUCAGGACCUACGUGCACAAAAAGAAAUACCGUCAGUAAUAUUUGCCCGUUGUGUCUGGAGGAAAUAGGAAGCGACCAUCAAGAUUGGUAUAAACAUCUAGUCGGCCCGUCAGCGUGUGACAUUCAUCCACGAAAAAAUUACCUUAAACGUCACUAA